AACAGCUUACACCUGGCAUUUCCUUCUCCUCAUAGAAUGCACAUUACACAUGUUAUACAGUACUUGUAGCACCUUACUCUUGUUCUUCUUACAAACCAUCAUCACUUACAUUUCACACCCACGUGACCAAAAAACACAAACACAUGUGUAACAUAUAAUCCAAACCAAAGUUCAUUCAUUCUUUCCUUCACUAGUGAGUUUCUUUUUCUCUCUUUGGUUCAUUCAUUCUUCCAAAAUAAUUACCAUGAGAGCCUUUGAAAUUGUGUUGGUUCUACUUUGGUUCCUACCAAAAAUGUUUUGCACCAAUGUGGAUUAUGACCAUAGAGCAUUGGUCAUUGAUGGUAAACGUAGAGUCUUGAUUUCUGGUUCUAUUCACUACCCUCGUAGUACUCCACAGAUGUGGCCAGACCUUAUUCAGAAAUCUAAAGAUGGAGGACUUGAUGUCAUUGAAACCUAUGUUUUCUGGAACUUACAUGAACCUGUUAAAGGCCAGUAUGAUUUUGAUGGGAGGAAGGAUUUAGUGAAAUUUGUAAAGGCAGUGGCUGAGGCAGGACUAUAUGUGCAUCUCCGGAUCGGUCCAUAUGUGUGUGCUGAAUGGAACUACGGUGGUUUCCCUCUUUGGCUUCACUUCAUUCCAGGGAUUAAGUUCCGAACUGACAAUGAACCAUUUAAGGCCGAAAUGAAGCGAUUCACCGCUAAGAUUGUCGAUCUCAUGAAGCAAGAGAAACUGUAUGCAUCACAAGGAGGACCUAUAAUUUUAUCUCAGAUUGAAAAUGAGUAUGGAAACAUUGAUAGUCACUAUGGUUCUGCUGGUAAAUCAUACAUCAACUGGGCUGCAAAAAUGGCUACAUCUCUUGAUACAGGUGUUCCUUGGGUCAUGUGUCAGCAAGGAGAUGCUCCUGAUCCAAUCAUUAAUACAUGCAAUGGAUUUUACUGUGAUCAAUUCACACCAAACUCUAAUACAAAGCCGAAAAUGUGGACUGAGAAUUGGAGUGGAUGGUUUCUUUCAUUCGGUGGUGCUGUUCCUCACCGACCUGUGGAAGAUCUUGCAUUUGCUGUGGCACGCUUUUUCCAACGUGGUGGAACAUUUCAAAACUACUAUAUGUACCAUGGAGGAACCAACUUUGACCGAAGUACCGGCGGACCUUUCAUUGCUACAAGUUAUGAUUAUGAUGCACCGAUUGAUGAGUAUGGAAUUAUUAGGCAGCAAAAGUGGGGUCAUCUUAAAGAUGUACACAAGGCCAUAAAGCUUUGUGAAGAAGCACUAAUAGCUACUGAUCCCAAGAUUUCAUCUCUUGGUCAAAACCUAGAGGCGGCAGUUUAUAAGACAGGAUCUGUAUGUGCUGCCUUUCUCGCCAACGUGGAUACUAAAAAUGAUAAAACCGUAAAUUUCAGUGGCAAUUCAUAUCACUUGCCUGCAUGGUCUGUGAGCAUCUUACCAGAUUGCAAGAAUGUAGUGCUUAAUACUGCAAAGAUUAAUUCUGCAUCUGCGAUUUCAAACUUCGUAACUGAAGAUAUCAGUUCUUUAGAAACUUCUAGUUCAAAAUGGAGUUGGAUAAACGAACCUGUGGGUAUUUCGAAGGAUGAUAUAUUGUCUAAGACUGGAUUACUUGAGCAAAUAAAUACCACAGCUGAUAGAAGUGAUUAUUUGUGGUACUCAUUAAGCCUUGAUCUUGCGGAUGAUCCCGGUUCUCAAACUGUCCUGCACAUUGAAUCACUUGGCCAUGCCCUUCAUGCUUUCAUAAACGGCAAGCUUGCUGGGAAUCAAGCAGGAAACAGUGAUAAAUCUAAGCUUAAUGUGGACAUCCCAAUCGCACUAGUUUCCGGAAAGAACAAAAUUGAUCUACUGAGUUUAACAGUUGGACUUCAGAACUAUGGAGCCUUUUUUGACACAGUGGGAGCAGGGAUCACCGGUCCCGUGAUAUUGAAAGGUUUGAAGAAUGGCAACAACACUCUUGAUCUCUCCUCUCGGAAGUGGACAUAUCAGAUUGGCCUAAAAGGCGAAGAUUUAGGUCUGUCUAGUGGAAGUUCUGGAGGGUGGAAUUCACAGUCUACUUACCCUAAGAACCAACCAUUGGUUUGGUACAAGACAAACUUUGAUGCUCCAUCCGGCAGUAAUCCAGUUGCGAUUGACUUCACGGGGAUGGGAAAAGGUGAGGCUUGGGUAAAUGGACAAAGCAUUGGGCGAUACUGGCCUACAUAUGUCGCUUCAAAUGCCGGUUGCACAGACUCAUGCAACUAUAGAGGACCUUAUACUUCAUCUAAAUGUCGCAAGAACUGUGGAAAACCGUCACAGACAUUAUACCAUGUACCACGAUCGUUUUUGAAACCAAACGGCAACACUCUUGUAUUGUUUGAGGAAAAUGGCGGUGAUCCGACCCAAAUAUCUUUUGCUACAAAACAGCUGGAAAGUGUGUGUUCACAUGUAUCUGAUUCUCACCCACCUCAAAUAGACUUGUGGAACCAAGAUACAGAAUCAGGGGGAAAAGUAGGGCCUGCUCUGUUGCUCAGUUGUCCUAAUCAUAAUCAGGUAAUUUCAUCCAUCAAAUUUGCAAGCUAUGGAACACCUUUAGGGACGUGUGGAAACUUCUACCGCGGACGCUGCAGCAGCAAUAAGGCGCUGUCAAUUGUAAAGAAGGCCUGCAUUGGAUCAAGAAGUUGUAGUGUUGGAGUAUCAACUGAUACAUUUGGAGACCCUUGUAGAGGAGUACCGAAAAGUUUAGCUGUUGAAGCUACUUGUGCAUAGACAAACAUGUAACAUGUUGCUCUAAGAGCAGUCCUCAAUUGUGUUCAACUCUUAUCUUCAAUUCAUCUUCCCUAUCUAAAUUAGAAUUGUAUUCUAGGAACAUCCCAAUUUUUUAUUUUUCACUUAGAAUAGUGCUGUACCACUUGCAAUAAAAGAACAAAAAUGUGGUCCAUAUGGUGAUCUUUGAUACGUGAUAAAACGGUGUUCUUUUGUUGUUCUAGUAGUGAAAAGGAUGGUAAUGGUCCCAUAUAUACUUGUAAUACAAGUUGCACUCAGUGUGAGGAACCUGAACAGUGAAAAGUGGAAAAUUUGGACUUUUGGAGUAUGAACCAAGUUGGAUUAUUAGUUGGAAAAUGAUGUAUUUGAAAUUUUACUUCUUGUAGAGGAAGGUAACGAGAUAGAGGAGAUUCAAUUAA